UCGUAACACUUGAUGACCGCUGAUAAGACGUUAUGACCUAUCUAAUAUGACCCAUAUUUUUAUUAUCAAUGCUCUGAGGUGCGUAGUUCUAUCUCGUGGAGAUUGGAGAACUACAAAAGUGAUCACAAAUAACAAUUCCCACCAUCACUCAAUUUCCUUCAAUAUUUAUUUUGAUUUCGUCGUGUAUUCUCCUACCUUGUACGUAAUAGAAUGACAACACUUGUUGCUUACGUAGACGUCACUCACGUUAGUACUAAGUACCAAACACCAACUCCUACUCACUAGUCACUAGUUAUCCUAAAUUUGUUGUUUGACAUAGGUAAUUUUCUCUUUGAUAUUUCACGCUUGUUACUUGAAUAAUUGGCCUUGAUAAUCAAACGUUGAUCUUCUCGUUGUUUUUACCCUUUCACCACGUUUCCCAUUAAUGUUGUUGAGCAAUAUUAAUAGACGUCUUCAAUCGAAAAAGCAAAAGAAUUAAUUGACGUUUUAUUUGUUAAUAAGACUGCCAGUAAUAAAUACGUUUAUUUCUUAAUUUGGUAAUUUUUUAAAAUCAAAAUGAAGAUUACAAUUAAUGAGGAUUUGAAAAGAGAACGCCAAAAGUGUACUUUCAACGUUGAAGAACUUACAAAUUUCAUAGAUGGCGGUAUUCAAAAAACAGAAGCUAGAAGAAAAGUGGAAUCAUUUUUUUUAUCCGAUCCACGUUUAAAAGACGACGUUCCAAUGGAAUAUUUAAGCCAUAAAGAACGUUAUGAACAUGCUGUAAGGAAGAGUUGUGUUUUAUUUAAAAAAAUUACGGAAUGGCAAGAACAAGAUGACGGCAGUGGCGGGUCCAUGGAUCUUUAUCAAGCACUCUUGGGUGGUUUACUCGGUAGUGCUAUCAUAAAUGAUGGUACACCUUUUGCUGUACAUUAUGUUAUGUUCAUUCCUACAAUAAUGGGACAAGGCACUAUGGAACAACAAGGCGAUUGGGUCGGUCGAGCGUUUAGUAAUCAGAUAAUAGGAACAUAUGCUCAGACUGAACUAGGCCACGGAACUUUCAUUCGAGGUUUAGAAACCACCUGUAUGUAUGAUCCAUCAACUGAAGAAUUUGUGUUGAAUAGUCCCACAUUAACAUCGUAUAAAUGGUGGCCUGGUGGACUUGGACAUACCUGUAACUAUGCAGUUGUUGUUGCUCAGUUAUAUACUCAAGGAAAAUGUCAUGGUAUACACCCUUUUAUUGUUCAGCUCAGAGACGAAGAAACAUGGAUGCCACUGCCUGGAAUAAAAAUUGGCGAAAUUGGAAGUAAAUUUGGAAUGAACUCAACCAAUAAUGGAUACUUAGCAUUUGAUAAUGUCAGAAUACCAAGAAUAAAUAUGCUAAUGAAAAAUGCAAAAGUUCUAAAGGAUGGUACUUAUCAAAAGUCUUUAAGUGACAAGUUGACUUAUGGCACAAUGAUAUUUGUACGUGUAGCUAUUGUAAGAGACUUAGUAGUAAACUAUUUAGCAAAAGCUGCUGUGAUAGCGACUAGAUACAGUGCUGUAAGACGACAGUCAGAGCGUAAACCCGGUGAACGUGAACCUCAAAUAUUAGAUUAUCAGACACAACAGUAUAAAUUAUUUCCAGUUAUAGCUACUAGCAUAGCAUUUCGAUUUGCAGCUACGUGGUUAUGGACUGUUUAUAACGAGGUUACUUCUCAACUAGAACAAGGUGACAUGGAACGAUUACCUGAGUUGCAUGCAAUGGCUUGCUGCUUAAAAGCUGUUGGUACAGCUGAUGCAGCUGUUGGUGUGACGACGUGCCGUUUAGCGUGCGGUGGUCAUGGCUAUAUGAACAAUAGUAAUUUACCUAAUACCUAUGCAAUGACUACUGCCACAGAAACAUAUGAAGGAGAGAAUACGGUUUUACUGUUACAAACUGCAAGAUAUUUGAUGAAAGCUUUCCAAGAUGCUAAGUCUGGCAUGGAAUUAACAGAGACAGUGAAGUAUUUAAAUAAUUUUAAAAACCUCAGACGUUUAAAUUGGACAACAGAUUUGAAAUGUAUGGCAAAUGCUUUCACUCAAGUAGCUGGAAGUUUAAUAGAAAAAUGUUAUUUUUCAAUCAAUUUAUUAGUAAAGUCAGGAGUUCCUCAUGAAGAUGCUUGGAAUCAGACAUCUAUUCAACUUACAAGGGCUACUGACGCCCACUGUCGAGCGUUUGUGAUUAAUGCAUUUAUAGCAACUCUUCAAAAGGUUCAACUCUCCUCAGAAUUAAAGUUGGUAUUAACACAACUUGCAGAAUUAAUUUGUGUACAUUGGAUUUUAAUCAAAUUAGGCGAUUUUUUGCAGUUUUCAAAUUUAAAACCAAGUGACGUGCAUUCAGUACAAACUUUAUUAGAAGAUAGCUUAAAACGUCUCAGGCCAAAUGCAGUUGGCUUGGUGGAUAGUUUCGAUAUGAGAGAUGAAAUUUUAAGUUCACCGUUGGGAGCUUAUGAUGGUAAUGUUUACGAACGACUUAUUAACGAAGCCAAUAAAAGUCCGCUAAAUAAAGAACCUGUCAAUGAAUCAUUUCAUAAAUAUUUAAAACCAUUUUUAAAAUCAAAUUUGUAAAUCAUCAAAAUCAUAAUAUAACAACUUGAAUAGUAGUUAUUUGUGUUAAAUAUUAAUGUUAUACUUUGCAUAUUAGAAAGGGUUAUGGUAUUAAUAUACAGUAUGGAGUUUGUUUUCUCGUAGCAUAAUAUUUUUAUUUUUAUUUAAUUAUAUUUUAUAAGUUAUAUUUAUAUAUCUUUAUUAUUUUUACCAAAUGGGAUCUAUAAAGGGAUUGUAUUAUUUUAUACCUACUUAGUGGUUUUAUGUGUGAAUCUAUUUUAAGUAAACUAUGUUAUGUGACAUUUAAAAUUUUAUAUUUAUCUAUGAUUGUUGUCUACUUAUUUUUUUCAUUAUUUGUUACUUUUUUGUUAUUGUUUAUACAAUUAUUAUAGACUAAGAUUAUACAAAACUAUCCAUAUAAAUUACAAUAAAAAAUAUUGUA